UGUACCCAUGGUUAUUAUUAAGUACUUCGAUCUGCAGACCUUAAUGUCUCCGUGAGAAAAACAUCAGGAUGAAGGUUGAUAUUCACAAUCACAUUUUACCAAAGGAAUGGCCUGACUUGAAGGAGAGAUAUGGAUACGGUGGGUUUGUUCAGCUUCACCAUCACUGUAAAGGUGAAGCCAAGAUGAUGAAAGAUGGGAAGCUGUUCCGGGUGAUACAAGAAAACUGCUGGGAUGCAAAUGCACGCAUCAAGGACAUGGAUCAACACGGUGUCACAGUUCAGGCCCUCUCAACUGUUCCUGUCAUGUUCAGCUACUGGGCCAAACCUCAUGACACUCUGGAUCUCUGUGUCCUUUUAAAUGACGAUUUGGCGCAUACAGUGCACAGCCACCCGAAGAGGUUUGUAGGCCUGGGCACGCUGCCCAUGCAGGCCCCUGACUUGGCUGUGCUGGAGAUGAGACGCUGUGUGAAGGAGCUGGGCUUCCCUGGCGUGCAGAUUGGGUCGCACAUCAACAACUGGGACCUCAAUGCCCCAGAACUCUAUCCCUUCUAUGCUGAGGCAGAGGAGCUGGGAUGCUCUAUAUUUGUCCACCCAUGGGACAUGCAGACAGAUGGGAGGAUGGCUAAGUAUUGGCUACCCUGGCUGGUGGGGAUGCCAUCAGAGACAACCAUGGCCAUUUGCUCGAUGAUGUUUGGGGGUAUCUUCGAGAGAUUUCCUAAAUUGAAGGUCUGCUUUGCUCAUGGAGGUGGCUCUUUCCCAUUCACUGUUGGCAGAAUUGAACAUGGACACAAAGUCCGCCCUGACUUGUGUGCUGUUGACAAUAAGAUCAGUCCAAGGAAAUACCUUGGUUCUUUCUAUACGGACUCAUUAGUUCACGAUCCCAUCGCACUGAAGCUGCUCAUUGAUGUCAUUGGAAAAAAUAAAGUGAUGCUGGGAACGGAUUACCCCUUCCCACUUGGUGAGCUGCAGCCUGGAUCACUCAUAGAGUCAGUGGUUGAGUUUGAUGACACUCUUAAGGAUAAAUUGCUUGCUGGAAAUGCACUGGAAUUUUUGGGACUGAAACGAGAGCAGUUUGUGUAAUAUAUUGUACAACAACUACUUUAACUGCCAUUAAUUAAAUGAAAAGCCUUUAUUGAUAUUUUCAUAUGUCCGUAAUUUGAAUUAAUUUUGGAUUACCAUUUAGAGUAGACCUAAUUAAUUCCAUUCAUGUUGGUGUCUAAAAGUCAUUAUUUGACUCAUUUUAUACAUGCAGUACUCUUGUUGAAUAUAAAAACAAGUCUCAAGAGGGAAAAAUUUAGGCAGAUAUUGUUUUUGUGCAAUAAUGGUAUUUGAUCGCAUCUAAUCAUAGAUGAUAAGAUUACAAAUUAUAGCAAUAUAGUAAAUAAAUUUCAUUUAGCCCUGUCUCUGUUGGGGUUCAAACGCCAAUCAUUGACCAUAUGCUUUGUUAUUAAAGGGGCCCUGUUAUGCUGUUUAGACUUUACUGAGUUUUCUACAGUGUUAAAGUGUUGAAUACUUAUCAGACAAGUGAUUGACGGCAAUUUUUUUUAUCACAGAAACACACGUUUGAGUUU